AUCUAUGUAGUGACGCUUGUAGUCGUUGCCCCACACGAGGUGUCGUCACUGUGGAGCGCAGCCGCCGAGAUGGGGAGUGAUUUUUAUUUGCGGUAUUAUGUCGGUCACAAGGGCAAGUUCGGGCAUGAGUUUCUGGAGUUCGAGUUUCGGCCGGAUGGAAAACUCCGUUAUGCAAACAACAGUAAUUACAAGAAUGACGUAAUGAUCAGAAAAGAGGCAUACGUACACAAGAGUGUGAUGGAGGAACUGAAGAGGAUUAUUGAUGACAGUGAAAUCACAAAAGAAGAUGAUGCUCUGUGGCCCCCUCCAGACAGAGUAGGACGACAGGAGCUGGAAAUCGUUAUAGGUGACGAACACAUUUCAUUUACCACAUCAAAAAUCGGUUCCCUUAUAGAUGUGAAUCAGUCAAAAGAUCCAGAAGGACUCAGAGUUUUUUACUACCUGGUGCAGGACCUGAAAUGUCUGGUCUUCAGUCUUAUUGGACUACACUUCAAAAUCAAGCCCAUUUAGCUCUAUGUGUGGGGGGCAGUCUAUUUUAUGUUCAUUCUGGAUGCGACACUGAGGGUUUUUUAUGUCUAGUAUCUUUUAUUUUUAUGGUUCUUACGCUAAUAAAAUGUUGACAAAA